UCUCGCUGUCAGCGACACAUGUAGAACAAGCAGCUGACGGGACGCUCCAAGCAGACCAGCCCCGAGAGAGAGUGCGGACAAUCAAGUUUCCAUCCUCUUCGCUUGCCUCGCUCUUCCUCCACUUCCACCUAGAACCCCCCUUUUUUUUUUUUGCCACGACGCGCACUUCACGCUUUUUGGGGAACGUUACGGCAUGCGGAGACCUCACGCUACGUCUUCCAGUGGACUCCUUUCGUUUCGACGCGAAGAGAAAAAGGCAGCGAAGCGGUGACAGCAGAAGUGGUGAACAUUCAGUGGAAAUACUAUCUGAAAACUCCAUUUGCUCGCUCUCCCCCUCUCUCUGUCUCCGGUCCGCGCGCUGCUGCCUGUGAACGGCCGACUCGGGUCCUCGCGCUGGGUUCCUCCGCUUGUCGCGCGGAGCUCAAGGCCAGCGCGCGCGGUACUGCGUCCGCGUAAAUACAUAUAUCUAUUUUUUUUUUUGUUUAACCUUUACCUGAUUUUGGGAGCAACCUGUCUUAACUGCGUCGCCAACUUUACUGCCAUUACACUUCAGCGACACAAUCAAGAGACGAUGGUGAAUCCAGGAGGCAACAGCCAGCCGCCAGCGGUGGGCACGGGUUCUCUGUCCUGGAAGCGUUGCGCGGGCUGUGGGGGUAAAAUCGCUGACCGCUUCCUCCUCUACACCAUGGACAGCUACUGGCACAGCCGGUGCCUUAAGUGCUCCUGCUGCCAGGCCCAGCUAGGCGAGAUUGGCACGUCGUGCUAUACGAAGAGCGGCAUGAUCCUCUGCAGAAACGACUACAUCAGGUUAUUUGGAAACAGCGGGGCUUGCAGCGCCUGCGGUCAGUCCAUUCCAGCCAGCGAGUUGGUGAUGAGGGCACAGGGCAACGUGUACCAUCUCAAGUGUUUCACGUGUUCCACCUGCCGGAACCGGCUCGUUCCCGGGGACCGAUUCCACUACAUCAACGGCAGCCUCUUCUGCGAACACGACAGACCCACGGCGCUCAUCAACGGCCAUUUAAGUUCUCUGCAGACGAACCCGCUACUGCCUGACCAGAAGGUGUGUUAAGUGGGAGCUGUGCUGGAAGCAGGAUUUGUGCCUUCAUUUUAGCCCUUACUCAUUGUCACCCGAGACAGCGUGGAUCAGCAGCACCCCAGCCUUUCAGCUGUGCUCCCAGGCCCUUUCGCCCUCCAGGAAUCCUCCGCCCAUCUUACCAGUAACCUGACUUCUCAUCUCUGCAACCCACACCUGACUGUCUGCCUUCAAACCUUGGCUUUUCCCCAAAACCUGGGCGGAUAUUUGCACUUACUACAAGCGAGGCGAGACGCUCGGGACGCUUAGGAGUUUUAACUUAACGCCCGUCGGAAUCAGAAAGGACUCUCCGCAAAGAGAGAAUCCAGACGACUCGCCGAGAGGACGCUGUGACCGAGCAGAGUCAAAAAGACACUAAUUAGGUUCAAGAGUUGCAGACUUUUCAACGCUGCACAUUUGUUUAAAGACAUUUUGGGGGGGAAAGCAGGAACUUUUCUUUAUUUCCUCUCUUCCUUUUCUAUCCUCAUUUCCCAGAAACAUGGUGAUUUCACUUUCUAUAUUUUAAGUGUUGUCAAAGGGGCAAUAUGUUUUCUUUGUGUUUUUUGAUUCAUAUAUAUAUAUAUACACAAUAUAUAUGAACGGGGUUUUUAAAAAAAAAAAAAAGUAUUUGUGGCAUUUUGUGGAAAACAAAUCAUGAACACUUGUGGUGUAUUUGUAAAGCUACCAUGUAUGUACAGUAUGCAUGUAAAUGUUGUCGUCCAGGCGUGGCUACAGUACAUCUGACCCCCUCUGCAUCCAGCUCCUUCCCCCCCUGAAGCCGUGGCAACCUGAAGAAACCUGCUCAUAGUCAGUAAUGUAGAUAUCAUUCCCCACAUAUAAAAUGCUGAAUGAAAGAGAAAUUUAUUUGUGAUAUUUUCCGACAAAUUUGCUCCCGUAUGGUGUAUUUAAUUAAUAAAAGUAUUGGAAGAUUUUAAA